UGUCGUGUUAGCCGAGAGGUUGUCGGCGGGGAAGCCGAGUCAUGACGGUUAAAAAGUCGGGGAAAUUCGUCUCUGUUCAGCUCUCGCAAGCCGAGGAAUCACAACAAUCAAGAUGGCCAAGAUCGCUUCUGUUAAGUAUUACCGCGUCAAGCCGCGGUGGCUGAUGGUUAAGGUCGUUGAUGAGAAUGGACAGUAUGGAUGGGGUGAGGCUACGUUAGAGGGGCAUGACCUCGCUGUUGAAGGAUGUUUAGAUGAGAUGAUCCCUCGAAUCAUCGGACAAGAGGCAAACGAUAUCGAAAACAUCUGGCAAACCUUCUGGCGUCAUGGAUUCUACCGUGGCGGACCAGUCUUCAUGUCUGCCAUCUCAGGCAUCGACAUCGCGUUAUGGGAUUUGAAAGGCCGCAAUCUCAAAGUACCUAUUUAUGAGCUCCUAGGCGGCAAAGUGCGCAACAAGGUCCAGGUCUACUGCUGGAUCGGCGGUGAUCGCCCGUCAGAUAUCGAAGCCGCCGCAAAGAAGCGCCUUGAGCAAGGUCUCACAUGCGUCAAGAUGAACGCUACCGAAGAUCUAGGCUGGAUCGACUCCCCAUCCGCCCUCGACAGCACUGUCGAGCGGCUCAAACAGGUGAAGGCACUAGGCCUCGAUGCAGGUCUUGACUUCCACGGAAGGUGUCAUAAAGCAAUGGCGAAGCAACUCGCACGAGCUCUUGAACCUCACAGGCCUUUGUUCAUUGAGGAGCCCAUUCUGGUUGAACAUCCUGAAGCUAUUAAGAAGUUAUCUGACCAGACUGUCAUCCCAAUUGCCUUCGGUGAGCGUUUAUAUACCCGCUGGGAUAUCAAGCGAUUUCUAGAAGAUUCGAGCGUGGAUAUUUUGCAGCCUGAUAUCGCUCACGCGGGCGGUAUUUCAGAGACAAAGCGCAUAGCUACUAUGGCGGAAGCUUACGACGUGGCGAUUGCGCCUCACUGUCCGCUUGGGCCUGUUGCAUUCGCUGCAUCCGUUCAAGUAGCGCUGUCAUCACCUAACUUUGCCAUUUUGGAGAUGAGCUUGGGGAUGCACUAUAAUACCGAGGCUGGAGACAUUGAUCUCUUGACAUAUCUCAAGGAUCCAAGUGUUUUUGAUCUAGAAGGUGGUCAUGUUAAAGCCCCGACGGGGUAUGGGUUGGGAAUUGAGAUUGAUGAGGAGAUGGUGGCUAGGAUUGCGAAGGAGACCGCUCCGUGGCAGUGCAAGACAUUUCAUGGUCCGGACGGCAGUAUUAGAGAGUGGUGAAGCAAUAGUGUAAACAGCAGUCUAAGACAUCAUUUUAAUCUGAAGACCUUGUUCCAUCUUGUGAUCAAUUCUUUCGGUCGCAA